CAGCGAAUGCGCGCAGGAGCACCAUAAAACAGGGCCCUGUUUAGGCCGCCCCCCCGCCUUCCUGUAGUCCCCUUUUCCUCCACCACCAAGAACUGAAAAUUGUGGCGCCCAAUUCCCUGCUCCUCCGCGGCAUUGCUGUUGCAGAGGAUUGCGCCAGUGAAGCCACAUUGCGCGCGCAUCCGGCUCGCCGCUGGCCCGUCCAGUCCGCAAAAACUCCAUCCGCUCGUAGGCUCUCUCCACCUCCAUCCGCGCCGCUUAGAUCCAGCCACCCUUCAAUUGCAACCGCGCCUCGACUUCGUUCCCCGUAGGCAUCCUCACCGUGUUUGUUCCGGACCCCUUCGUUGCCGCCGCCGUGGGGUGCAGUGCAGGUCCGUCAGGACUUGUUACGGAUCCAUUCAUUCUGUUGCGCUGCAAAUUGUGCAAAUUGCAUUGUAAGGCCAUUUUAAGGAAUGCAGAAAGAUGUAUUUGCAUGCUAAAGAUUUCUCUUGUAAAGAGGAGGGCAUUUCUCCAAUUCAUUUGAAAUUACUGGUUCUUGAUGAGCAAGGAUUUCAAGUGCACAUUAGGUGCAUAUCAGAAAGUAAUGAUGCCACUAAUGUCAGAAAUAUUGCUAUGCUAGAUUGUAUAAUUUCUGAAGACGGUUGAAAUUUUUUGUUUUAUCAGUUUGGCUUCAUACAAUAAGAUAAUAAGAAUCAUCUGCUAGGAUUUGUUUAUGAUGGAAGCAGAGAAGAAUGGAAACAUUUUGAUGCAACGGUAUGAGGUUGGAAAAUUAUUGGGGCAGGGAACUUUUGCCAAGGUAUAUCAUGCUAGGAACAUAGUAACUUCACAAAGUGUUGCUAUUAAAGUGAUUGACAAGGACAAAAUUUUCAAGGUUGGCCUAAUGGAGCAGAUCAAACGAGAGAUAUCAGUGAUGAAAUUAGUAAGGCACCCAAACAUCAUACAGCUUUAUGAGGUCAUGGCUACUAAAUCAAAGAUAUACUUUGUGCUUGAAUAUGUCAAGGGUGGUGAAUUGUUUAACAAAAUUGCUAAAGGUAAGUUAAGAGAAGAUGCUGCAAGGAAAUACUUCCAACAGCUGGUUAGUGCGGUUGAUUUCUGCCAUAGUAGGGGUGUGUACCAUCGUGAUCUGAAGCCAGAAAACCUACUCGUCGAUGAUAACGGGAACCUGAAAAUUUCAGAUUUUGGAUUGAGUGCUCUUGCUGAGUCAAGGCGCCAAGAUGGCCUUCUACACACAACUUGUGGCACUCCAGCAUAUGUGGCACCUGAGGUUAUCAGCCGAAAAGGAUAUGAUGGUGCAAAGGUUGACACAUGGUCAUGUGGGGUUAUCCUAUUUGUUCUUAUGGCUGGUUAUCUGCCAUUCCAAGAUUCAAAUUUGAUGGAGAUGUACAGAAAGAUUGGGAAAGCAGAUUUCAAAUGUCCACCUUGGUUUCCAUCUGAUGUACGAAAGCUAGUGUCAAGAAUUCUUGAUCCAAACCCUAGGACUAGAAUGCCAAUUACGAAAAUAGUGGAAUGCUUUUGGUUCAAAAAGGGCCUUGACAGCAAGCUAAUCCGAAAGAAUAUCGAGAUGAAGGGGAAAGUUUCAGCUCUAACUCAUGUUGAUGUGGUUUUCGCAUCCACAGGUAGCAGUAGUGGCAAUAAUAAAAUGGUUGAUGAGAAGCAGGAUGCGGCAAAAGUCACCAACCUUAAUGCUUUUGAUAUCAUUUCCCUCUCAGAAGGCUUCAAUCUUUCUGCCUUAUUUGAGGAGACUGAGAAAAGAAAAGAGGCAAGGUUCACAUCUAGUCAAUCAGCUUCAACUAUUAUAUCGAAACUAGAGGAUGUUGCCACAUGUUCAAAACUUACUGUAAAGAAGAAAGAAGGUGGUGUGCUGAAAAUGGAAGGUGAAAGUGAAGGAAGGAAAGGUGUCUUGUCUAUCGAUGCAGAGAUUUUUGAAGUUACUCCUUCUUUCCAUUUGGUAGAGAUCAAGAAGAAUAAUGGGGAUACACUAGAAUACGAAAAUUUGUUUAAGCAGGACAUGAAACCAGCCCUCAAAGACAUUGUUUGGGCAUGGCAAGGUGAGCGUCAGGAUCAACCACAUGAAGAUCACAAGCAGAUAUAGGCUCACCUUGGCAUUUAUCUUGUUUGUUUCCACAGUAAUGCACAUUUCAAAUGUUGUAUCUGCAUGUAGGUUUCUGUCACUCAUUUUAUCUUCUACAUCCUAGAGUUAUUAUCUUCUCUGAAAUUGACAUGAACAUGUGAUUUUAUUCUGAACUUGCUAAGAAGCAUCAUGUUGUGAAGUUACACCCAUCAUUAACUGUUUUCUGUUCUAUUGUUAAUCUGCCCCUGGAUGGGUGAAUGUAGAACUGUUCCAUCGAACAGCAUGGUAGAUGAUCUGUUUUGACAUUAUGAUGGGUCCUGUCAGACAUUCUUGUUUUGUAAAUGAACUCUUUAACCUAA